UUCAGGGAAAUAGGAAGUGAUGUAACUAGCUUGCGAGGCAGGUAAUGUCGUGGAUAUAACCUCCAUGAGGGAGCACACCUUAUGAAAUAUACACUUCAGAGGAAAAUAAUUCCACAGACACGUAACCAAGCGUCGGUUUUACUGCAACGAUGCUGUGUUUGGGCGGAAAUGCGGUGAGGUCGUCGGUGUCUUCACAAAAGCUGUGCAUCCUGUCCCUGCUCCACAUGAGACCAGAUCAGACCUAUGUUUGCCCGGCUCGGUCUAUGAGACGUGGUACCGCUCGCUCCCUCUGUACUGGACCCGCUCCACCCGCUCCACCCAUACUCACUGCCCCCCCCGAGUGCUCUGACACAGAACCCAGUCCCUCCACCUGGUCUGCGGACCAGGGCCCGCCCCCAGCUCCCACCCACUGCUGCAUGAGUGGCUGCCACAACUGCGUGUGGAUCGAGCACGCGGAGCAGCUGCUGGCGUUCUACCACGACGGAGGCGACCGCGCGCUCGACGCCAUCGAGGACAACGUCCACGACGAGAACCUCAAAGCCUACCUCAAGAUGGAAGUCCGACUCCUAAAAAAGACGUGACAGAUUGACAGCCAGUGGCUUCGGUGACGGCGUUGCCAGGGAAACAUGAACCGACUGAGUGUAAGCACUCACACUCCAGUCACUGAUUUGACCCCAACGUCUUCAUGUCCUCCGGGGGUCACGCAGGUCACGUCUGCACAACGUAACAGGAAACGGACGCAUGCUAGCAGGUCGGCAGGUGACAGUGAAGGUAUCUGUUUCUCCUCUCCUGCCUGACACACAUCAGCUGGAGCCAAUCAUAACACAGGACAACAGCAAGGUUAUUCCAAGUUUAUUCAUUUUUUUACAAUUUGGAUCUAUUAUGGGAACUUUGUCCCUCAUUUCCUUUUAGUUAUAACAGUGUACACACCAAAGUAGUAGCUGAGACCUGGGACCAUGUGCCAUCAUUA